AUGGAGGACAAUUGGGACAAGGCAACGUCGGUGCAGAGACGCCUCGCCCGUACCGUGGUCAAACCUUAUUGCAUCGCCACAGACUUGCCAGACAGCAAUGGGGAGCUAAUGGGGCCAAUCUUGGCAACAGGCCAUGAUGGCACUGCUGAUCUCUCCAGUGUAUUGAGUCAUGUAGUCCUGCUUGAACAGUCAAUGACAAACCUUCAGACGACCACAAGUCAACUGAAAACAGAUCUACAGGUAACAAAACAGGAUCUGGAAAGUACCAAAACAGAGCUACAAUCCGCAAAGACGGACCUACGGAACACCCAAACAGACUUACAAACAAGCAAAUCACUGCGACAACUGGCAAGUGCUGAAAUGUCCUCUCUGAAGGAUGAAGUGGCAUCACUGAAGGCUGAACUGAAGCUGUCAGCGAAUGAAUUGAACCAAGUGAAGUCUGAACUGAGAGACAUGAAACAGGAUAAACUUAAUGCUAACUUUCUGUUGAACCUAACGAUGGAUGCAAUGGGUCACAAUAUCAAGCUGAACACUGUACAGGUUAAUACACUGCAGUCAAGUGUUUCGGCUUUAGAUAACCAUCUGCACCGAGUAAAUACUACCCUGUAUGAUGUCAAGACUGAAGAAGAGGCGUUCAUCCUGAAUACCUCAUCGUCUCUCAAAGUGAUUACAGACCAGUUGUUGUUUGGGGUCCGGGAAAUGGUGUCCACAAAGGAAGUGCAACAAAAUGCGUCGAAACAGCUGGAAAGACUUCAGAAUGAAAUGAACCAAACUUCUGUUGAUGUGCGCAAUGUUCAACAGGCUCUUCACAUGGUCACGGAUAAUCUACACACAGCGCAAAGUAACAUCACGUCCACGAUCGCUGAUGUUGCUGAUUUGCAGCGUAGCAUGUCACGUGUGCAGUCACAGUCACAAGGCAACACCAAGUCGCUAUCACAAGUCAUACAGGACGUUGCGUCAAAGACAAGAACCGUUGCCUUCCGUACAGAAAGCCCACCCGAUACAGCCAUCGGAACUCCGCUUGUCUUUGACUUCACCAUCUACAACGUCAACUCUUGCUACGACGACAACACAGGAAAGUUCACCGCACCAGUUUCUGGAACCUAUAUGUUCUACACCAAUCUAUCCCUGAAGGUAUCCAACACGUUCGGUACUUACAUCCAUAUUAUGAAGACGGGAUCAAAUAUUAUCGGGUUUGGGACGGCGAAGACGGGCAGCGACCAUACUGCUGCAUUUUCUGUCGCUCCACUCCGCAAGGGAGAACAGGUGUGGGUCGAAACAACCCAAUCAAUGAAAGUGGAAAAGAGUUCUUCAGCAUCAUCAUUUGGUGGGUUCUUGGUGUCCGUGGAUUAA